CGUCUGUUGUCACCGGGAAGGGGAGGGGGGGAGAAGGAACAGGCUUCAUCAGUCAGCGCGCGCAGUUGGGCGAGCGGUAGUAGCGCGUGCGGGAGGCGUUUGGCCUCUCCCAUCCCACCCCCACCCCCUCAAUCCUCGGCCGCGCGCGCUGUGCAGAAGGCGCUCUGUCCUCCCCUCAGCCCGCUCCCGGCCAUGGCCGCCGGCGAAGGGAGCGAAGAAGAGGUGCGAGUGCUGCAGACCCUCCGCGGGAAGAUUUGUCAAGCCAAAAACUUAGUGCCAUACUCUGGACAAAACAAGAUGAGAGACUGCUUUUGUACAAUCAAUUUGGAUCAAGAAGAGGUUUUUCGCACUCAGGUAGUAGAGAAAUGUUUAAGCCCAUUUUUUGGAGAAGAGUUCUACUUUGAAAUACCAAGGACAUUCCAGUGUUUAUCAUUUUAUAUUUAUGAGAAAAGUGUUUUACAGAGGGAUCUGCGUAUAGGCAAAGUAGCUAUCAAAAAAGAAGAUUUGAGCAAAUACUCUGGCAAGGAAACAUGGUUUAUGCUUCAGCCUGUUGAUUCUAAUUCAGAGGUUCAGGGAAAAGUUCACCUCGAAUUAAAACUGAAUGAGUUGAUUACAGAUAAUGGAUCAGUCUGCCAGCAGCUAGUAGUACACUUGAAGGAAUGUCAUGGACUUCCUCUUAUUAAUGGACAAAAUUGUGAUCCUUAUGCUACAGUGUCUGUUGUGGGUCCUUCAAGGAAUGACCAAAAGAAGACAAAAGUAAAGAAGAAAACAAGCAAUCCACAAUUUAAUGAAACAUUUUAUUUUGAGGUAACAAGGUCCAGUAGUUACACCAAAAAAUCACAGUUUCAGGUGGAAGAAGAAGAUAUUGAGAAGCUGGAAGUCAGGAUUGAUUUAUGGAACAAUGGUAACUUGGUACAAGACCUUUUCCUAGGAGAAAUCAAGAUUCCUGUCAAGGUGUUAGGAAGUGAUUCCUUCCAAGCAUGGUACCUUCUACAGCCAAGAGACAAUGGAAAUAAGUCGUCCAAAACGGAUGAUCAUGGAUCACUUAGACUGAAUAUAUGUUAUGCUGAAGACUAUGUGCUUCCAUCACAGUACUAUGCUUCCCUCAGAAACUUGCUGCUAAAGUCAUCAGAAGUUGAGCCUAUUUCUGCUUCUUCUGCUUACAUUUUGGCUGAAGUAUGUCGAGAUAAAUAUGAUGCCAUUUUGCCUCUUGUGAGGUUGUUGAUACAUCAUCAUAAACUAGUACAAUUUAUCACUGCAGUGGCAGAGUUAGAAUUGACGGAUACCCAGGAAGCAAAUACAAUCUUCAGAGGGAAUUCUUUAGCUACUCGAUGCCUAGAUGAAAUGAUGAAAAUAGUGGGAAAGCACUACCUGAAAGUUACAUUAAAACCAAUUCUUGAUGAGAUAUGCGAUAAUCCCAAACCUUGCGAAAUUGAUCCUUUGAAACUGAAAGAAGCUGAUAAUGUUGAAAUACACCAGGAAAAUCUGCGCUUCUAUGUUGACAAAGUAUUCAGUACAGUUGUACAGUCAAGUAUAAGUUGCCCUAAAUUAAUGUGUGAUGUGUUCUGUUCUCUGAGGCGCUUGGCUGCUGAAAGAUUUUCUAAUGACCCUCAUGUACAAUAUUCUGCAGUGAGCAGCUUUAUAUUUCUUCGUUUCUUUGCUGUAGCUGUAGUAUCGCCUCAUACUUUCCAUUUACGACCUCAUCAUCCCGAUGCACAGACAUCUAGAACAUUAACCCUUAUAUCAAAAGCCAUUCAGACACUGGGGAGCUGGGGAAGUUUGUCCAAAAGCAAGCUAUCAAGCUUCAAGGAAACAUUUAUGUGUGAAUUUUUCAAAAUGUUUCAGGAAGAGGCAUAUAUUGAAGCUGUCAAAAAGUUUUUAGAUGAGGUAUCAUCUACUGAAACUAAAGAGCCAAGUGUCAUGAGCGAGUCGAUUCAUCUAAAAGAAGGGGAAAUGUAUAAAAGAGCACAAGGAAGAACACGUAUUGGGAAAAAGAAUUUCAAAAAGCGUUGGUUCUGUUUGACAGAUAGAGAGCUCACUUAUCAUAAGCAACAAGAUAAAGAUCCUAUUUACACCAUUCCAAUCAAAAACAUCCUUGCAGUGGAAAAGCUUGAUGAGAAUGCCUUUAACAGGAAAAACAUGUUUCAAGUGAUACAUGCUGAAAAGCCACUCUACGUGCAAGCAAAUAAUUGCGUGGAGGCUAGUGAGUGGAUAGAAGCUCUCUGUAGGAAGAGCAGAUACAACGAAAGCAGACUGAGUGUUUAUCAUCCAUCUGCUUUUUUGAAUGGAAACUGGCUUUGCUGUAAGGCUACAUCAGAGAACUCAGAAGGUUGCACACCAUGCACUGUGGGUGUGCCUAAUGACAUCCAAAUAGAGAUUGAUGGGGAUCGAGAAGCGGAGAGAAUCUACUCCCUUUUUGCUAUCAACAUGCCAAAGCUGCAGAAGAUGGAAGAGGCUUGUGAAAGUAUAGCAGUCUAUCAAGGUCCGCGGAAGGAACCGGAUGACUAUUCUAAUUUCAAAAUUGAGGACUCAGUGGCAACUUUUCAAACACUUAAGCAAAUAAUAUCUGUUGUAGAAAAGUUGGAUGAGCAUCAUGACAGACAUGGGAAGAAAAGAUCAUCUAGUGCUAAAUAUGGCAGUGAAGAAAAUCCAAUUGUUGGGAAAAUUUCUUAACCAAAGACACACUGCAGCAAAUGGAUUUCGAAGAAACUGGAGUAGUUUUCACUUUUUAAAAAUCCUGAUUGUAUGCUGAUUCAGAGUAUUUAAGAAUGUACAUUGCCUGGAUAUUAGCUGUGUACAGACAAUAUAUUUAUUAUUUAAUAGGGAAAAGACUUUCUUGGGAAUCUGAUUGUUUUGCAGGGUGAGGAACAUCAGUUCCAUUUCGCUUAAAGAACUAAAAGUGCCAGAAGAUGAAAGUAAACAAAUUUUCUAGCGCUGGAAGGAACUACUAAAGGAAUAAGCUUUCUAAGGGAGAAAAUUAACUACCACUGCAGAAGGGACUUUGGGUGUGCCAAGAUAAUAAUCAAUUUCAUUUAUGAACCAUCGGUACCUAUUCUGUGGACAGUGAGUCUUGGCAAAAGAAAUCCCAACAGGUAACAAAAGGAAUUGAAGCUUUAUAUACAGCGCACGGCCACUUUUAAAAUGGUCCUUUCUUAAUCCACAAUAGACAUUUGUAAAGAAACAAAGUGGUACUUUUUAAAUGUGCAUUCAUAAUUAGCAAUGUUAUGUUAUUUAAGUGAUAUUACUGAAGCAGGACAAGUCAGGGAGUCUAUGCAUCUUGUUUACAAUUGGAGUGAGCAGUGAAUGGAGUGACAUGGGACCACUGUCUGAAUUUUGUUUUUCUUUUUAAAUAGCCAAUUACUAGUACUUUAUUUAGCAAUCAGGGCUUUUUUGGAAGUACUGUGUAAGAACUUCGUGCUGUUGGGAAACUAUUAUGGGUGCAUACCAAGCAACAUCGACCUGCCAAUCAAAACAAUCGCCCUAAAGAUAGGUAUUACACAUUGGAAAUAUGUCACAUCCAAUUGCAACUAGUUGAUUUCGAAAACCACUCCAAGCACUUUAAAUAUCUGGAUUGCCCCCAGAUUAUAUUUAAAGAUACUUUUUAGUAUCUAAUCAUUAUGAUCAGUUGAAUGAUCACUAUUGUGGCUUAAAACAAUGCUUUUGUGAACAUUUUUAUAUCUAGUUUUUUACUUGCCAGGUGAAGUUUUGGACUCAGAUUUGCAUUUAGAAACUCUUAAUCUUGCCUUCUUGAUAUAUUUUUAAUCAUAGGCUGAUAAAAAUGUAUGUAAUGAACAGAAACAUGGUAUCCAACAUAGGCUGGACCCAUUGACAUCAAUACACUUAACUCCAUUGAUUUCAGUGGGUCUGCUCUAAGUAUGACUAAUGCUUGAUAUCACCCCAGGCUUCCUUUCAUCAGUAUUAUUGAAUGUGGUACUAGGAAACCUCAUAUUGGGAGCAAUUUUCUGAGCACUGUAAAAAUUGAUAUAUUGCCACAUAUUUGUAUAUUGUUGUUCUAGUUUACUUUUCUACACUUGUUUUUCUUCUUUUUGGCUGCUAUUUGCCACUGUUGUGGUUAAUAAUUGUUUUAAUUGAUAGAAAUUGGGAAGAAUGGAUACAAGCUGCUUAAAAUACUACAUGAAUUACUAACAGUAUGGCAUUGCCUAAGAAAAAAUUCAAAGAUCUUGCUGUAGGAUUCAACAGCCAGAUUACAAGGCUUUCUGCACCAGCAAAUAAAUGCUUAUAAUCUACUCAGCUACUUUAGGCAUGCUCAAAAGGGUUGCAUGCAGCCAGUGGGAGUCAUUUUGGAACAGCCGAUACCCAUGCCUUAUCACUAACUGCUUUGGAUAGGUCUUUUGAGUUUCAGAAAUAGUUUGCCAUAAACAUGGGGGCUAUUGUUGAAGUCUUCUGGGCCCAUGGGCUUAGCUGUGUAGUACUUAGUGGAUUAGCAGAAUGAAUGGCACAGAAGUUAUGUAAGAAGAACACUAGAGGUACAAACAGAUCUAAGAAAAUUACAACUGAAUCAACAAUUGGGAGGUAUAAAGCUAAUUUAUAUAAGUAUUUCAAGUGCAGUGACUCCUGAAUCAGAGGUGUUCUCCUUUCUAUGUUCUGCAUUCAGCAAUGGACAAAGCCAGAAGUACUGAUGGAAAUUAUUUCCUCUAGAUAAGGCUCUCCAUCAGAAUACCCUGUUCAGGCCUGCGUAUUCUACAAUCUACUAUUGUCUGAUAACAUUUUUAAAAAAUUGUACAAGGCACAUUUGUCCACCCUAGGUUUAAACAAAAAUAUUGAACUAAAAUAUUGGAGAUGUGAUUGUGCAUUGCAAUUUGUUUGUCCGGGGACUUGUUUCAGUGGGUUUUACUGUUUUUGAUAGGGAAAUAUGCAAAUGCUAUUAAUUCAAUCAUUGUUUCAUCACCUGGGUGAAAGCUACAUACUAUAUCAGUUGUAGUAGUGGGAUCAUGUCAUAUGUCACUCUUUUAAUCUUUAUUUAAUUCAAUUGGUGAAAAAUAAAGAUGCAAAUAAAUGCAAAUAGUACAAUCAAUACAAAAUAAUAGUUAUAUUUAUAUUAGUUCUUAAUCAUGUACAUAGUUUUAAACAGUGGCCUAAUUUGCUCAUCAAGGUAAGUCAUUGCUUAUCAUUCCAACUUUACCACUCCUGUAGCAUGAGGGAAAAUGAGCCACAAUCCCUGAUCUGAUUUAAAAGUAUAUCCAAAUCAAAAUUGCUGUUUGUUGUGCUGAAACAAACUGCAGUUGAUAAGCCAAGAACUUUGAGUUUACAUCAUUGUUUGCUUGAAGCAAAAUAAGCCACAAUUUCUGGUUUGGAUAUAACACUAAAUUGGGGAUUAUGGUUUGUUCCUCCAAGGGAAGGACUGAAGUGGGGGUGUUCUGCAUUUUCAUGGUGAGCCAUUGACUAUGCUUUCCCUUGAAAUCUGAGCACUUAAGGUGUCCUGAGACAAUCUUUCAUCUCAAUAAUGAAUUAAUAAAGUUAUUCACAAGUAGUUGAAUAGCAUUGGCAGUGCAGUACAGCCAACAGCUUUUACUUAACGAUAACACUCCCUGUUUUACAUAUGUGCUUUUAGAUAUGAUAUAUACAUUAUAUAAAAUCAUGUUGUGAUAUCUGAAUAUGACCAUGAGAACCCGUACCAAAGAAGUAAUAGACAAUAUGGGAAGGAUGUGCAACCAACAAUUUUAAUAUUCAUACUUGUAAAUACCGUGCACAGUGAAGUUUGCCUUUUCAUUAAUACAGUCUAAUGUAUUACAGGAAUAGUACAAAAUAUUACUUUAUUUUUGAAAUAAUUCAGCUCAGCCACAGGGUUAUCUUACAAAUCAUGAGGUUGGUAAAUAUGCCCGUACAACCCAAAACCAUGGACCUGCUGAUCUAUAUUUUAUUCUGAAUUACAGUCUUAAGACUAGUACCCGACUCUAUUCUUAUAUUGCCUUAUUUUUAACAGUUUCCCUCACCCCACUCUGUUUACAACAGAAUAUGGUAUACCUCAGUUCACAUCCAAAAAAGAUGUGUUAUAGGAAAAGUUACAUUUUAAUUUUAAAAGUAGAUAUAUAAAUCAAAAUCGUGUUAAAUAUUCAACCCACAUUAGCAGUUUGUAUGUAAUAAUUUAAACUGGUAUUUUUUUUCUUUUGUAGAGGGGGAAAUGCUCUGUUUGGAGAAACCCAGUUCCUUUAGCUGCACUAGGGAGUUCCCAAUAGUGUAGCCAGAUGCUCCCUGUCAGAAUCAAUCAGCUGAGUGGCACUGAUGGGGAGCCCCACUUGCAAAACAACAAUUGGGAGCUCACUUUAAGCAGUUUCAUCCAUACCUUCCCCACUCCUGUUGUCACAUAUGUCAGCUGUGAGACAAGUGGGCAUGAUUUGUGGGGAACUGCCUUGCAGGCCUAAUUAGGCUCACAAGCAGGGAGUUCUCCAUCCCUGGAGCUGGAGUACACCUGAAUGAUGAUUUGAAGUAACCUGCAGUGGCCAUCCCUAGAACAUAAGCAAAUUGGCAUGGUGUUCUUUUUGAGGUUUGAGUGUUAAAAAUGUUAACUUAAAGGUAUUGUGCCUUCAAUUUUUGUUGAUAGGCAAAGUAACUUUAAAAUGUAUUAUGCACUUGUAUUCAUUACAAAUAGUGAUACUGUCUGUAACUUUUCAUGGAGUCAAGAUGCUUUACUUGGUUAGGAGAUUGCAAGAUGAUUAUUUGAUUCAUCAAAAAAAAUAAAAUAUGAGUAAGGUCUCUUAAAACAGGCAAAGUAAUAAACCACCUUAAAAGACCAGUGUUCCUGACCUACUGUUAAGUGAUUUUGCUGUUUGAUGUUCCUAAGCUACAUUCUUAGUAUUCAAGAAUCUUGCUGAGAUUUGACAUUGGUAUCAUGCAUCACUUUUGGAUCCCUUUACAUAUCACACAAAUGUGACCUACAACAAAAUGUUUCAGGGUGAAGUGCUUCAAUUCAUCAUUCCAGCUACUGCAUUCCAUCUCCUCUUCCUGGUUUUUCAUUUCCCACUUGGUUAGACAGCCGACAUUUCCUGCUCACAUAGCAUAUUGGGCUAUUUGGUGGGAGGAGGGGUCUUCCGUUUUGAUGUUUUCCCUCUUCUUAGGGGGGUGAGGUGGCCACACUCAGCUACCUUACAAUCUUGGAUUUUCCCAUUGAUUUGCAUGUGUAGUUCGCACUUCAUCACUGGGACAUUUUAAUCAUAGCUUCUCCAUGUGAACCUCAAAAUUACUUAUCCUGACAAUCUCAACCUUAUAUUUCUGUCUUCUUCCAUCAUCUUUUACUAAUUCUUACUCUGUUCUUGCUUUCACACAAAUCUCCCCCCUCUUCCUGGGGGCACUAAGCAUAUUCAGUCUUCAUUGGACUGUUUCAGUGAAUCUUGUGCAUUACUUUUGCUAACUUUUUUGUAAUCUGCAAACUUCGGAGUUCCCAUGAAUCUACUGAUACCUCCCUCUUCUGCCGGUGCCAUUUUGGCUGCAUGAGCAGUGGCAUCUAUGCUGAGCAUCUGAAAAUAUAGGGGAUGGUGGACUUAAACAAUCAUCUGGGGCUUUUCAGUAUAUUGAUACUCAGUCAAGAUGAUUGAAUUACAGUGUUAACUUGUUGCAUCAUCACUGUGUCAUUCUAUUUUGGCAUUUGAUGAAGCCAUUUACCCUGGUAAACGUGUUGGUCUAUAAGGUACUUCAAACUUUUUGUAUUGCUUCUGUUAAUCAUUUUGGUUCCUGUUCACAUUAUUUCUAAAUAAUUCGCUCCUUUUUAUUUUUUGAACUGUAUGCCCUGAUUGCACCAGAACCAUGUCAAUGCAUAAUAUUUAUUAUUGAGGGUCAUUACUCUGCAAACAGUUCUGUUGAAAGGAUGUAAUCUUAAAUUGGGAUAGUUAAUAUUAAGAAAACGGGGGUCACCUAUUAAUCAGUUCUGUCUGUAUAUCAUAUCUUCACGAAGUAAGAUUUGAGUAACUUUGUUUCUGCCUUAUUCUAAAAGAGCACAAUUAAUUUCUGAUCCUUGUGCAAGCAUAGUUCUGUGGAUGUAGAGGUUCAGAAUAGUGCUUAAUAAAGCCUCCAUUCCCCUGCCUCAUUGACCUUUUACUAUACAUAGAUAGCAGCAAACCGCCCACUGUUUACCAGGAAUGGCUAGUACACAUCUCCCAUAUUAGUAAUUUAUCUAUUCAGUUGCUGUUGCUAGAGUUGUACUGGAUUGCUGUGCAGAAGGAACACAUUGACCUGAUGCUGUGAGUCAUGCCUGGCAUUCUGUGUAUUCAUCAAAACAUGGAGAUGGACAGAGGGCUCUCAAGCAAAUAAAGCUCAUCAUCCUCCAAAUUACAUCUAUACCAAAUUAAACCUGAGCUCUUCAAAACUAUUAUGGGGAAUAAAUGCACUUUCAAAAGUUAAGGUACAACAUUGCGUAAAGUACAAGGCAGUUAAUAAUAAAGCAGCACUGAAAAAUAUUUCAUGUUCCAAUGAAGCAGUAUCGAUGUUUUCAGCAUGUGGCCAAGUGCCAAAGAUCUUCCUAGCCCUGUCCAUGCAAUUCUUUUUGUCAGUGUUAUAUUUCAAAUACAGUAGAUAACCCAGAAUUAAGUUUUGUAUGAACUAGGUAGUAAAUAUUGAAAAGGGUUUCUGUUUGGAUUAGCCUAGAGAUUUUUUUUAAAAAAGACUGCUUGCUUAAUUAGCUGUGGUUGACAUGUAUAUUUUGCGGUGUAUUUUUAAUUUGUCAAGAUGAUAUGUUGAAUGUAUUUUUAUUUAAAGUUUAUUUUCUUAACACAAGUAUUAAAGUUUGAAACUUG